CACGCGAGAGCGCGGGCUGCAUACCACGGCAGCGCGUCGUUUCGAAGCUCUCGACGGCGUUCGGUGCGCGUCAGAUCGCGUGUUCUCAACUCGAAGCUAAAAACUUGAGUAAUUCCGUAGCACGAUGCUCGCCGAGCUCGAGGCGACGGUCGCGGAGUUUGUGCGUGACAAGUGAAAGACAGCCGCCUUCGCCUUAGUUUACCCGCGUCUGCGUUUACGUCUGUGGUCAUGGAGACCGUCUGACGCUCGGAUAUUUACCGUAGACUCGCCCAGUGAACGUGCUCUGAACCGGCCAGUCUCUCUCGAGUCAAGAUUCAACCAACCAAGAUUAUGUGAACAUCAUCCACGACGCUCUUGUAGACGAUCGAUCGCGAUCGAUAAGAGUAUAUACGCGGAUUCGUGGAUAAAAAGAAGACAUGGCUUUGGCUAAGAUCAAGAGUUUCAUAGACACCGGUCUAAAAACCGUGUCCACGCCGUUGGAUCGCACGGUGAAUCUGGAACCGGAAGUAGGCAUUAGGAUCGUUCAUUCGAUUAACGAGAAGGCGCUUCACGUGACCGUUCUUGGUGCUCGACAUUUGCCACAGAAUUUCGGUUUCACCCGUGUCAACAGCUACGUCGUCAAGGUAAAGUUGAUACCUGGAAAGGAAAAGUUCGAGACCACAUCGAGGAAUGAGUCGUGGCCACAAUGGAACGAGGAAUUCGUGUUCCAUCUUCGAAAAGAGACCAAGCAAACAUUUGGCAAAACGAAAGUAGUUGAAGAAGAAAUCAAUGGGUCGAAGUUCAUCGUGGCGACUCUGUACGCCAUACUCGAGGAUAAACCGUUGAUAGCGACUGACAAGAAGGACGCUGACAAGGAGAAAACCUCGUCACCGGCUAAGGAAUCGCCGAAGAAAGGCGGGAAGAAGAAAGAUGGUCAAGGAGCAUCCACGGAAACUCAGGAACCGACGAAGAAUAAAUUACUCAGCCAGUUUUUUGGCAAAUCGUCAGAUAAGAGCACCGAAACCUCGGUUACGGAAAGGAAAAUGUAUGAUAAAAGAAGAACAGUAGGUGCAACGACGAUUUCCCUCGAUCCGAAGAAUUUUACCUCAAAACCACCCAAACCCAAGCACCCGGGCGAUGUGUCCACGGGCGACAUGUGGCGGCCACUGCGACCGAUCGCUAGCGGUAUCUCUGGGGCUGAGGAAAGGAAGGAAAAUAAGAAAGGCCAGGUCGAAUUAUCUCUGUGUCAAGAGAAGGCCGACAAAAGGGAAGAGGGUAGCGAGACAUUGAUAUUGUCCCUGCAUCGUCUAAGAUGUUCGUUGCAAACGAUGCACGAGCACGAGGCAUUGAAAGGACAGAUGUAUAUUAAAAUGUCUGUUGUGGACAACGGGAAAGUGACUCAUUUUUGGAAGAGCGAUCGUUUCGCGCCGUGUGUAUCGAUGAAGUUCAAUCCUGAUGCCGCCAGAGUGACCGCGGAUAAUCCGUAUCAGGGUGCCCUCAACGAUGUUAGUUUUGUGAUCAAGUUCGUCUCUAAAAAUAAGAUGGGGAAGAAAACGACUGUCGGUCACUUCGUGAUCGGAGCAGACGUCGGUGGACCCUAUGGUGAACAAUGGAAACAGGCACUAGCGAAACCGGGGCAGCAGAUAACGAAAUGGCUGGCAUUCGAAUGAGAACGAAAGGCAGUCACGAAUUGAUCGAUAAAUUAUUGAGCCGCGGGAGUCUCUACUUUUACUCGAUUUUCCAUUCGAGCGUAAACCUACUUUCAGCUCACGCGAAUUUUAUGAAUAAUUGAUCGCGGUCGAUAGUGCCGUUCCUAAGAAUUACUUAGGUAAACUUUCAUGGACAACGCAGCGUAUAUCGUUGCUCCAUGAACUACGAAAUCUUUUUAUAUUUUUUUUUAAUAACAUGCGCUAUACGAAAGUCUUUUGUAUCCUGUACAUAUCAUUUUUUUUACGAACUUUAACCGUCCACAAUUUUACGAAAGGAACUUUGAAAGUUUCUGCUAGGAAUCGGAACGAUAGAGCCGUCCAAUACAUAAGUGCCUGGGAACUUGAUUGUGGGAGUGCACGAGAUUGACGCGACAGUGCAAUUCUUUCUGUCGCUAAGAGACUAAAUUUUGUGCCAGAGGAAAUUUAAGUUACGUUGUAAAAUAUUAUUACGUUGAUAGACUUAAUAGAUUGUAAUUUUACGUUAGCAUUCUACUAAUAUCAACGGCAAAGUAUUCUUUUCUACGUGCAUAAAAUUUUACAUAGUAUUUUACAUUACGGCCAAUUCGGUGUUAAUCGCGCUGGUAGAAAUUUUGCUCACUGUUCUACGUGUAUUAACAUGUAACAUAUAAUCGACUAUGUAUUUUGUAAACGACUAUUUACACAUAUAUAAUUUACACACACACUACUGAGAAUUUAGCAUGUCUUAAGGUCUAAACAGUCACACCAAAAAAUUGUAUGUACCAUGUUAUUAAUAUGCACGCGUCUGUAUAACAGAGAUAUAUUUUCAAUGUAAUAAACCUGUUGUUAUACGUAAA